CCUGCCACUGCUCUUUCUGGUCUGUAACAUCUCUUCCUGAGUCUCAAUUUGCUUCUUGCAUUUUAUUUAUUUAUUUACCUGAUUUCUUUCCCCCCUCCUCUAUUGCGUGGUUUGACUUCGGAGGCUGGUCCUGAUCCUACUCGGCCGUUUGACGGUUGCCGUCUAUCUCUCCUUUCGCCCUUUCAUCCCUAACACCCGAAUAACACACAAGCCACUCGAACCGGCAUUUUAAUCAUGUCCGCAAGUCCAGAGCCAACCGCUACGGCGACCACGCCGCCGAUCGAAUCGAAGCAAGAUGCAGAAGAGACCGUGCAGCCACCAACUCCAGGCGCAGGCGACGAGGCUGAUGCCAAUGACAGCGAUGCCAAACCUGUUGAAGACAAGGGGGUCGACGAAAACGGGAACGAGGUCGACGAGCAUGAUCUCGUCGGCUCAGAUGACGAGUCCAUUCUCUCCGAAGUAGACGAGGCGCAGUUCGAGGACUUCGAUCCCGAGAAUUUGGAUAUUGAAGACCGCCCGCAAUUGGAUAUCGAUGAAGAGAAUUUGAAACUUAUCGGGCGACACAAGAGAAAGAGGACAGGGGAUGAAGAGGGGUCAUCUAGACGGAAGAAAGAAGGGCGACGGAAGAAGAGCCGACGGCAUGCGGAAGAUGAAGAGGGUGGAAGUGAUGGCGAAGCUGGAGGGAGGCGAAGGAAGCCCAAGAAGGUCGAGGUUGAGGAGGAUGACGAGACACUUGAUCCUGCUACGCGUCGACGGAGAGCUCUUGACCGUGCUAUGGAUGAGGCGAUGAAGAAGCCAACGAAGAGAAGGGCUAGGAAGCAGGAUGGAAUUGAUUUGGAACAAAUGGCAGAUGCCGAGAUUGAGGAUAUGCGCAAGCGCAUGACCCACGCGGCGCAGAUGGAUGCCAUCAACCGACGUGAAGGCAAACCAGCUAUGCACAAGCUCAAGAUGCUUCCUGAGGUUGUGUCGCUUCUGAACCGCAACCAAUAUGUUAACAGCUUGGUCGACCCGGAAAUCAACCUGCUGGAGGCUGUCAAGUUCUUCCUCGAGCCACUAGACGACGGAUCCCUCCCGGCCUACAAUAUCCAACGUGAUCUGUUGACUGCGUUGGGCAAACUCCCGAUCAACAAGGAAACAUUGAUUGCCAGCGGUAUCGGUAAGGUGGUGGUGUUCUACACCCGGAGCAAGCGCCCAGAGCCUGGCAUCAAGCGCAUGGCCGAGCGAAUGCUCGCUGAGUGGACGCGACCCAUUCUCCAGCGCAGCGACGACUACUCCAAGCGAGUAUACCAAGAAGCAGACUUCGAUCCUACCAAAAUCACAUCGCGUGUCAAGACCGUUCAGGAGAAUACUGCUGAGGCGCGCGCCCGCGAGCUGCUCCCUCCGCGCCUGGCGAACCGUGCGCGUGCUGAAAUUUCACAUACCAGCUACACCGUUGUUCCGAGACCGACAAUGGUGCAAGAAAGCAAGUUUGCGCGACCGCUAGGAGCGAGUGGAGAAGAUCGAUUCCGUAGAAUGCGGGCGCGCCAGAUCGCAGCGGCGAAGGGCAGUGGCACGCGACGGUAGCUUUCUUGGCUUCGGGUCGCAUUUGCUUGUAACUUAGCUUUAUUUUUGUAUCGGGCGCUCGGCGGGACACCAAAGCACUAAUUAAAGGCCUCCAGGGCAGUAAAUAAGCAAAGCGAAUUGAACAAUAAUUCGGAGUCUACCA